AUGGGGACUCUGGGCAAGAACGUCCAGGAGGGCGUGAUUGUCCGUCUCCAUGACAUUUCUCGUCUGUCUCUCUCCCUUCUUCUCCAGGACGGCUACUUCUCUCACCGGCCAAAAGAGAAACUGCGAACCGACAGCAACAACGAGAACUCAGUCCCCAAAGACUUUGAGAACGUGGACAACAGCAACUUCGCACCCAGGACUCAGAAGCAGAAGCACCAGCCCGAGCUGGCCAAGAAGCCGCCGAGCAGACAGAAGGAGCUGUUGAAAGGGAAGCUGGACCCGGAGGAGACGGGGAAGGCUCGGUCCUUCCCGGGGAAAGGCCCCAGCGAGGUGCUCCUGCCCGGGGACCGAGUGGCAGUCAACAGCAGCCGAGGCAAGGGUCCCCCCAGACAGCCCCACGCCAGGAAGACCGGGGGCGGCUCCCCUGAGCUCAAGUACGACCAGCCCCCCAAGUGUGACAUCUCCGGCAAGGAGGCCAUCUCUGCCCUGUCUCGCGCCAAGUCCAAGCACUGCCGCCAGGAGAUCGGGGACACCUACUGCCGCCACAAGCUGGGACUGCUGAUGCCCGAGAGGGUGACGCGGUUCUGCCCGCUGGAAGGGAAAGCCAACAAGAAUGUCCAGUGGGACGAGGACUCCGUGGAGUACAUGCCGGCCAACCCGGUCCGGAUCGCCUUCGUGCUGGUGGUGCACGGCCGCGCCUCGCGGCAGCUGCAGCGCAUGUUCAAGGCCAUCUACCACAGAGACCACUUCUACUACAUCCACGUGGACAAGCGCUCUAACUACCUGCACCGGCGAGUGCUGCAGUUCGCCAGGCAGUACAGCAACGUCCGCGUCACCCCCUGGAGGAUGGCCACCAUCUGGGGCGGGGCCAGCCUCCUGUCCACCUACCUGCAGAGCAUGCGGGACCUCCUGGACAUGGCCGACUGGCCCUGGGACUUCUUCAUCAACCUCAGCGCAGCCGACUACCCCAUCAGGACAAAUGACCAGCUGGUGGCGUUUCUCUCCCGAUACCGAGACAUGAAUUUCCUGAAGUCACAUGGCCGGGACAAUGCAAGGUUCAUCCGCAAACAGGGCCUGGACCGGCUCUUCCUGGAGUGUGACGCCCACAUGUGGCGCCUGGGGGACCGGCGCAUCCCAGAGGGCAUUGCGGUAGAUGGCGGCUCCGAUUGGUUUCUGCUGAACCGGAAGUUUGUGGAAUAUGUGACAUUCUCCACGGACGAUCUGGUGACCAAAAUGAAGCAGUUCUACUCCUAUACCCUGCUUCCUGCUGAGUCCUUCUUCCACACUGUGCUGGAGAACAGCCCCCACUGUGACACCAUGGUGGACAACAACCUGCGGGUCACCAACUGGAACCGCAAGCUGGGCUGCAAGUGCCAAUACAAGCACAUCGUGGACUGGUGCGGCUGCUCCCCCAACGACUUCAAGCCGCAGGACUUCCAUCGCUUCCAGCAGACAGCCAGACCCACCUUCUUCGCCCGCAAGUUCGAAGCCGUGGUGAACCAGGAAAUCAUCGGGCAGCUGGACUAUUACCUGUACGGGAACUACCCUGCGGGCACCCCAGGCCUCCGUUCCUACUGGGAGAGCGUCUAUGACGAGCCCGAUGGCAUCCACAGCCUGAGCGAUGUUGCGCUCACCUUGUACCACUCCUUCACGCGCCUGGGCCUGCGAAGGGCCGAGUCCUCACUGCACACGGAGGGAGAGAACAGCUGCAGGUACUACCCAAUGGGCCACCCCGUGUCCGUCCACCUCUACUUCCUGGCUGACCGCUUCCAAGGCUUUCUGAUCAAGCAUCACGCCACCAACCUGGCCGUGAGCAAACUCGAGACCCUGGAGACGUGGGUGAUGCCAAAGAAGGUCUUCAAGAUUGCAAGCCCACCCAGCGACUUCGGGAGGCUCCAGUUCUCUGAGGUCGGCACGGAAUGGGAUGCCAAGGAGCGGCUCUUCCGCAACUUUGGGGGUCUCCUGGGGCCCAUGGACGAACCGGUGGGCAUGCAGAAAUGGGGGAAGGGCCCCAACGUGACUGUGACUGUCAUCUGGGUGGAUCCCGUCAACAUCAUCGCGGCCACUUAUGACAUCCUGAUCGAGUCCACGGCCGAAUUCACCCACUACAAGCCCCCUUUGAACUUGCCCCUGAGGCCUGGGGUCUGGACAGUGAAAAUCCUCCACCACUGGGUGCCAGUUGCAGAGACCAAAUUCCUCAUCGCCCCUCUGACCUUCUCCAACAGGCAGCCCAUCAAGCCAGAGGCAGCGCUGAAGCUGCACAGCGGGCCCCCCCGCAGCGCCUACAUGGAGCAGAGCUUCCAGAGCCUGAACCCCGUCCUCAGCCUGCCCAUCGUCCCCGCCCAAGUGGAGCAGGCGCGGAGGAACGCGGCGUCCUCGGGCGCGGUGCUGGAGCACUGGCUGGACUCGCUGGUGGGCGGGAUGUGGACCGCCAUGGACAUCUGCACCACCGGCCCCAGCGCCUGCCCGGUCAUGCAGUCCUGCAGCCAGACGGCCUGGAGCUCCUUCAGCCCCGACCCCAAGUCGGAGCUGGGGGCGGUCAAACCCGAUGGCCGGCUCAGGUAGCACCAAGCGCGUGUGAGCCACGUGGAGCUCAAGGGAAAGCAGCAGGGCCAGUGGGGCCUGAUCCCGCCUCCCACCCGGGGGUGCCUUUCUCGAGCGGGGUCUCCUGGCCCUAGAGGGGUGAAGGCAGGCUUGGAGGCCAGCAGGGUCUGCCAAGGACCGGCGCCUGGCUCGCUGGCCCCGGGGCGGGUCCGCCCUGGCGCCUUGGUGGUCUUACCUCUUCUGGUGGAUCCUCAAGUCCUUCAAGUUCCUAGUCUUCCCCGCCAGU